UGCUUUCAAAGAUGAGAAUAUUAGCAGCUCCUGUAAGGGGCUUACAAUUGCAGCAAAGAGUUCAAUUUUCACAGAAUUUACCACGCUUUGGUAGAACAUCUGAGCAAGAGCUCAAAGAACGCAAUGAACAGCCAGAGAGUCCACCUCCAACUGCCCAUACGGGAAUCUACACGAGGACAUCUGAGAAGAUAGAGGAAAGAACAGAGACAGAGGAAGCAGACUCUGUCGAGGGUCCACUCAAGGACAGAACUAAAGGACGAUCAGGCAGUGAAACUAUCAGUGAGGAGAACGUCAGAUCUGACCAUGCAGACGAUCCACUUAAGAAUCGCUAAGCUGGCUAUUGUGACGCAGUUUAAUGAAAUAUAAUGAAAUAGUUAAUUUAUCUUGUAUAUUAUAUUUUAUAACGACUUUUCACUCUUU